UUUGGUAAGAAGAAGAGACAGAGGAAAAGGAAAAAGAGAAUCUGGGGUGAAGGAGACGGAAGAUAGAUUGAAUAAUAUCAAAUGGCGACAUCGAGGCUUCAAGCUCUGUGGAAUCACCCUGCCGGACCUAAAACCAUUCAUUUCUGGGCGCCAACGUUCAAGUGGGGAAUCAGCAUUGCUAACAUUGCAGACUUUGCUAAACCUACUGACAAAAUUUCCUACCCUCAACAGAUUGCUGUUACAUGCACUGGAGUUAUCUGGUCUCGCUACAGCAUGGUUAUCACUCCCAAAAACUGGAACCUCUUUAGCGUCAAUGUUGCUAUGGCUGGGACUGGCAUGUACCAGCUUGCUCGUAAAAUCAAAAACGAUUUUGCAUCUGAUGUGGAGCCUGUUGUUGCUAAAGAAUGAUUACGACGAAAAACAAGAAGAUGAAAACAUCAAAAGGAAAGAUGUGAUAUCAUCAUCAUCAUCAUCAUCAUAUUGCUUGUGUUUGAAAAUCUAGUUUCAAGAUAUUUGAUUUUUCUUUUCACUCCCAGAUCGUAAGGGUCGAAUUACCAAAUAAGUUUUCUUUUUAAUACCCAAUAUCGAAACUUUGCGACA